AUGCAAUCAAGACAGACCCAUAGAACUGUACUUGGGGUGCUCAGUGAAAAUGAACAGCGGUACAGGACCCUUAAUGUGGGUGCUUCUACAAAGAUUGUUCCUGGGAUUGAGAAUGCAUUUCCUUUCCCUGGGAAGAUGGUCCCCACAAAUGCUGCUGCAGUGCCCCCCAAGACAUGCUUCACCAUCUAUGUUGAUGAGCCUGAGCUGGUUCAUGAAACUUAUCAGUUGGAAGUGGAACUUCCAAGUCUGGAGGAGUUGGAUGCAAAUGUCAUCAAAGAGAAGUUUGCCUUGCUGCCUGAUGUCAGUGCAGCCUCUCCAAUGAUGGUGGACUCUUCUCUUCCUCUUCAACCUGAGGAUACUGCUGGAACGGAUCCUGAUGCCAUUGCAGUUUCAGAGUACAUUGAAGAGAUUCAUCAUUACCUACGUGAGGCUGAAGUUAAAUAUAGACCUAAAGCUUACUACAUGAGGAAGCAACCAGACAUUACAUCAGUCAUGCGGACCAUUUUGGUGGACUGGCUUGUGGAAGUCAGAGAAGAGUACAAGCUUCGAAAUGAGACUCUGUAUCUUGCUGUAAAUUACCUGGACCGAUUCUUGUCAAGUAUGUCAGUACUAAGGGGAAAGUUGCAACUUGUAGGAACUGCAGCUAUUCUUCUGGCUGCCAAAUAUGAAGAGAUCUAUCCUCCAGAUGUGGAUGAAUUUGUGUACAUAACUGAUGAUACCUACACAAAGAAACAACUGCUGCGCAUGGAACACCUGCUACUUAAAGUCCUGGCCUUUGACCUGACCAUCCCAACAAUUAACCAGUUCCUGCUACAGUACCUGCACAAGCAAACUCUCAGCACAAAGGCUGAACAUCUUGCAAUGUACAUGGCAGAGCUGACCUUGCUUGAGGUGGACCCAUUCUUGAAGUAUGUUCCCUCACUGACUGCUGCAGCAGCUUAUUGUCUGGCCAACUAUACAAUUAACAGAAUUUUCUGGCCUGAUGCCCUUCAAUCAUUCACUGGUUACACCUUGAGUGAUAUUGCAUCUUGUCUGAUGGAUCUGCACAGAGCCUGCCUUAAUGCACCUCACCAGCUGCAACAAGCCAUUCGGGAGAAGUACAAGGCUCCAAAGUACAUGCAAGUGUCCCUUCUGGCAAUCCCUACAACGCUUCCUCUGUGA